UUCCAACCGCAUAGGCUACGUUCGAGGGGGGUUACGUCCUGGCUCUACUCCGAGAGUUGAUGGGCGCUGACCAGCCGAUCGGGGAGGCGACAGUGGAGUACUUUGCAUGCAAGUUGGCGGCAAUACAAAAACACUCCUGAAACUUGCAUAGGGAGAUGCGCGGAGCUUUGAGGAUUGAGGGAGUGCCCACACUGCUCCUGCUUUAUCGAUAAUGGUUGACGAAAAUAAUAAUUACUGGUUUGUGGAAAUCCAACCCCAAGCAAACCGUAUGAUUCAUUACGGGUGCAGAAGCACUGCGCUCCCGGAAUACUACAAGGCCUGCGCUAGUUGCCGCAGGAUUGGGGGAUACGCCACUCGACUACUGUAUCAAGGAAGGAAGAUAGCACCGCAGUGAGAUAUCCAAGAUCAAGGCAUAUCAAGGGGAGCCGUCGAUGGGUCCGGGUACGUUGGAUUACCUGCUGGUGAAUGGAGGAUGUUGAGGAAUCAGUACCUGCCGGUUACUGGUUGAGCCUUGCCCGCGAUAUUCUGCAUGAUUUCAAUGUCAGCAAGCAGCAAUUGCUUGCUUCGUCUUAGCUGUUCAGCUGGUAAAUCGGGCCGAAAGAUGGAACUGUCUAAUAGGGUCUGCUCGGGUGUUGAAGACAUGGCUGAUGAAGAGAG